CCUCACAAUGCGCUUCAGCAGCACGCAGCCCACACAGAGACGUCAGCGUUCUAGUGAAGCGGACUCUCAGAGCAAACGAAGAUGAAGACGCCACAGCUCCUCAUCCUCCUCCUAACGAUCAUGGUCCACGCCGGCUCCGGGUUCCCCUCCGACAGGAAACCCGCCCAAGGCCGGGAGAAGCACGCCUCCUGGGACGACGUGAACGUGGUGGCCCACGGCCUCCUGCAGCUGGGCCAGGGUCUGAAGGAGCACGUGGACAAGACCAAAGCCCAGAUGAGGGACGUCAACACCAAGCUGAAGGCCUUCAACAACACAGUGGCCGAGCUGCAGAGGCGGCAGCAGGAGCAAGGCGCCGCUCUGGAGGCCAGAGGAGAGGAGGCGGAGGAGAGGGCAGAGGCGGCCGCUCAGCUGGCAGAGGAGGUGAGGGCCAGGGUGGACGAGGUGAGGAAGGAGAGCGACGACAUCCACUCCAGGAUGGGCAAGCUGGAGGAGAAGGUGCAGGAGGUGCUCGCGGAGCCAGCGCUGGACACCAACGACAGCGACCACUCAGGAGUGCUGCUGAUCCAGAGGCUGGUGGCGGCUCAGAACCGACGCAUCGACCAGCUGGUGGACAAGAUCAGGCAGCAGCAGGACAAGCUGGAGAAGCAGAGCCUGCACCUGCAGGCGCUGCAGAGCAAGGUGGCCCAGAGGAGAGUCAAGUCCCACCGACGCAGAGACGACGAGACGGCGCUGAAGGGAGAGCCGGAGCAGAGCGCGGCCACGCCAGGCUUGGCCAGAGACUGCCAUGACCUGUUUGUACAGGGGCAGCGAGCCAGCGGCGUCUACGUCAUCCAGCCCGAGGCCUCCAAACCCGUCAACGUCCUCUGUGAAAUGACUGCAGAAGGCGGAUGGACCGUCAUCCAGAAGCGUCAGGACGGAUCCCAGAACUUCAACCAGCAGUGGGAGAGCUACAAGAAAGGCUUCGGCAGCCUUCACGGUGAGUUCUGGCUGGGCCUGGACAACAUCCACUCCGUCACCAAACAGGGCGGCUACGUUCUGCAGGUGGAGCUGUCCGAUCGGGCCGGGGCGCAGCAGGCGGCCCGCUACCGGGUCCAAGUGGACGGAGAGGAGGAGAAGUUCGCCCUGCACCUGGAGCAGGAGCAGGAGCAGGAGCCUCCGUCUGGGCCUCGGGGGGGAGCGCUGAGCACGGGCGCCUCCGGGGUCCCCUUCUCCACGGCCGACAGCGACAACGACCUCGCGGCCGACGUCAGCUGUGCCCAGCUGCUCUCAGGCGGCUGGUGGUUCAGCAGCUGCGGCGAGUCCAACCUCAACGGUAGAUACCCCAGAAGGCCGAGCCAGCUCCGGAGACGGCAGGUCAGGAGGCAGGCCAUGUUCUGGGACAGGAACUACUCCCUGAGGACCACGGUUCUGAAGGUGGCGCCCGCAGCAGUGAAGCAAUGAGCUCAUCGCCGUCGCAAGGGACCGAGCGGAGGACUCGUUAUUUAUAAAGUGAACUGCUGAACUACUAAAGGACUGAUGACUGUGUCUCUCCUGGUGCAUAUGUCUAUGCUACAGCAUAUGACGGCUAUCGUCUGAGUGUCAUAUUGACAGCAUGACUGUCCCUUUAUAAGGGUUUUAUUUAAUCUCGUUUUGUAUGUGUUUAUGUUGUACAUAAGCCAUGUACAGUUGUAUAGUGUUGUCUUCGAACUUUUAUAGAAACAUUUUGUAUGAAGUGUUUGAAAAUGUCUGUAAAAGCUUUUUCAUUAAAGAGGCAAUAAUUUGUAUAGUUUAAUACAAAAGCAGAGCGUCUUGUCGUAAAGCAGUUCGUUUACUGUAAAUUAGAGUCGAUGUCGCUACAGCAUCAUCGCCCCCUGCUGGUGUAAAAACACAGUACAACCAAUCAGGUGAAUAGAUAAAUAAUAUAACAAUAAAAUGCAACAAUGAUUGGCAGUUUG